GUGAUACAUAUAAGCAGGAGCUAAAGUGGAAGAAAGCAAACGCGACGAAGAUCCACUGCAGUAGUUAAGGUUACAGUGUCGACCGCCAUGAUGGUGCCAGCUUUGUUUAUUUUUCUCGCUCUUCUGAACACGUCCCUGGCUCAGUCGGCGACGACCGCCUCGCCUUGUCUGACGCAGUUCCUGUGUUCAGCGGUCGGCCUCUUCCCGCAGUGCCCUACCGUCUGCGACCCCGGCUAUUUCCGCUGUUCAGCAGGAGACAUUAAUCAGCUUGUGACUCCCUCUCAGUGCGACUUCGGCCUCGUGUUUGACCUCAACCUCCAGAACCCUUACUGCAUCUUGCCGAGCGACUGCCCGACUUCGCCCACGACAGGAAGUCCCACGUCCAGCACGGGAUGUGUAAGCACAUUCACCUGUACUGCUGUGGGCAACUUCCCCGCCUGUACUACGUGUGACCCGAAGUUCUUCCAGUGUAUGACCGCAGGGGGUGCUGGGAUACUUGCAAGUUGUUCUGGCGGACUGAUGUUCAAUACGAACUCUGCCUAUCCGUACUGUGUGCUCCCUUCCAACUGCCCUUAUAAUCCCGUUGGGUGAAGGGCUGUUUCUAUCCAUUUAUCGGUCUGCCUGUCUCUAUAUUUCUAAAUUCUGUCUCCAAAUCCUCUCCAUCUAUCUCUUUCUAUCGGAACCUGAUUGUUAUCAUUGUGUAGUUUUGAUUACUUGCAAGAUGUGUUCUAAAAUAUGCACCAAACUUUUUAUGGUUAUAUUCAUGUAUAUUGACAACUGUUGGAACGUUUAAUGUAUAAUCAAUAAAAUGACAACAAAGA